AUGACUUCAGCGAUGAGAAUAUUAUCAUAUGGUGUCGCAGCAGAUGCAGUUGAUAAUUACAUUCGUAUUGGGGAAAGCACUACAAUUCAAAGUUUGCAACAAUUUUGUAACUCAGUGAUUGAAAUUUUUGGAGAAGAAUAUCUGAGAUCUCCGACGCCAACUGACAUUGCUAGAUUACUUGCUAUUAGGGAGGUUCGGGGGUUUCCUAGCAUAUUGGGAAGUUUAGAUUGCAUGCAUUGGGAAUGGAAAAAUUGUCCAAAGGCAUGGCAAGGUCAAUGUGUAGGCCAUCAAAAAAAACCAACCAUUAUUCUUGAAGUAGUAGCAUCUUAUAACUUAUGGAUUUGGCAUGCAUUUUUUGGAAUGCUUGGCUCACACAAUGACUUGAAUGUGUUGGACCGAUCGCCUUUGUUUUCUGAUCUUGCGCAAGGUAAAGCUCCCCCUGUCCAUUACACAAUUAACGGACAUAGUUACGAUAUGGGUUAUUACCUUGCUGAUGAUAUACACCCUCAAUGGGCAACAUUGGUUCAAACAAUUUCUUCUCCCCAAGAAGCAAAGAGACAACAUUUUGCAAUGAUGCAAGAGUCUGCCAGGAAAGAUGUAGAGCGGGCAUUCGGAGUCCUUCAAUCUCAAUUCGCAAUCAUAAGUGGUGCUGUACGUUAUUGGGAUUCGAAAAUGCUUGCCAACAUAAUGAAGAGUUGCAUCAUAUUACACAAUAUGAUUGUCAAAGAUGAGAGGGAGGAGCACCUUGAUUUCAAUUAUGAUAUUUCAUCAACCGACACACCAGUGCAACUUUCCUCUACUCCUACCAAUGACUUCCAAUCAUUUUUGUCUUGUCAUUUAGGUAUUAAAGAUAAGGAUGCAUAUCAUGCCCUCCGUAAUGAUUUAGUAGAACAUAUAUGGCAUCUUCACGGUGAACACUAA